ACCCAAAUCCGAAUCAUUUCAGAUAAGUUGAUAAAAAAUGAUUGAACUCGGUUUCAACCUGGAUUAAGUUUUUGUCCUGUUAAAGGAUGGACGAGGAUAUCUUGUCUAAUCUAGGACUAGGAGUAGACGGAGCUGAACCUGAUCAGGAGGAUACACAACCACAGGAUACAAUAGAUAUAGAUAAUACAGAAAGGAAGCGUAAAAUAGAGCAGCUAGAAUGGAUGGAAUGCCCAAUAUGUCUGGAUACACCGCGGUCUGGUCCUAUAUACAGCUGCAGGAAGGGUCAUAUUAUUUGCAAGGAGUGCCAGCCUAAAGUAACACAGUGUCCAACUUGUAGAGAUAAACAUAUUGACUGCAGGAGCAUUAUUGCAGAGAAAUUACUAGAAUCAACUCUUAAGGAUACCCCUGUGAGCUGUAAAUACCGUAGUUCUGGUUGUAACAGUGAAGAUUUGGUGAUUAACCUGGAGAGUCAUGAGAUCAGCUGUAUGUUCCGGUCAGUCCGUUGCCCGGCCUUUCACAGAGGGGCUUGUAGCUGGCUAGGACCUCUUAAUAAACUUAUUCAGCAUGUUAUUCUUAAAAAAUGUGCUCAGGUUGUAAAAGCUAAACCUCCCUACUCCUACUUUGUUUCAACUAUUGGAGAUUUUGCCCAGGAUCAGACCGUAUUCUCUAAAAACACCGCAACUCACUGGAAACCAGUCAUGCUUAUAUCACAGGAGGCGCUCAAGUACUUCUGCUACGCAAUUUUCUAUCGUGACGCACAGGGAUACUGGUUUGCGUACGUACGCUCCAUUUCACCACCCAGUACAAUGAAUACUCUGAGAGUUGAAAUUCGUAUAAAGAAGAGUGGAAGUAACGAGGACUGUGAUACUUAUGUUUACAAUGGACGUGUGUCUUCCAGCGAUGCUUCAGAGCAGGAGAUACGGGACAGUGGAAACUACUUGAUGAUGAGGGAUGGGCAAGUGAAGAAGUUUAUGAUGGAGAAAACCAUUAUGGAGUACAAUAUCACCUUGAAACAGAUAGAAGAUACAACACAACCAUUGAACUGAAAUUAUCAUAAAGUUCUUAUACGCAACAACAGAACUUAGAAACUAUCUUGAAGAUAGAACCCAACCACAGAACUUAGAAACUAUUAAGGAUACGACACAACCAUAGAACUUAGAAACUAUUAAAGAUACGACACAACCACAGAACUUAGAAACUAUUAAAGAUACGACACAACCAUAGAACUUAGAAACUAUUAAGGAUACGAUACAACCACAGAACUUAGAAACUAUUAAGGAUACGACACAACCACAUAACUUAGAAACAUUAAGGAUACGACACAACCACAGAAAUUAGAAACUAUUAAAGAUACGACACAACCACAGAACUUAGAAACUAUUAAGGAUACGACACAACCACAUAACUUAGAAACUAUUAAAGAUACGACACAACCACAGAACUUAGAACCUAUUAAAGAUACGACACAGCCAUAGAACUUAGAAACUAUUAAGGAUAUGAUACAACCACAGAACUUAGAAACUAUUAAGGAUACGACACAACCACAUAACUUAGAAACAAUUAAGGAUACGACACAACCACAGAAAUUAGAAACUAUUAAAGAUACGACACAACCACAUAACUUAGAAACUAUUAAGGAUACGACACAACCACAUAACUUAGAAACUAUUAAGGAUACGACACAACCACAGAACUUAGAAACUAUUAAGGAUACGACACAACCACAGAACUUAGAAACUAUUAAGGAUACGACACAACCACAGAAAUUAGAAACUAUUAAGGAUACGACAUAACCACAGAACUUACGAACUAUCUCAAUUGAUCAUGGUCACCUUGGUAAACUAGUUAACCAACUAUUGUCCCAAAAUUUAGUGUGUUCUAGUUAAAUCCUUUUCUCAAAAGUUAAUUUAUUUUUGUUACAAUGUUAGUAUGAUUUAUAAAUAAACCUACUUUUAUUAAA